AUGGCGGAUGAACUGUCAUCGGGGAGGGAUGGCGCUCCAGGACCGCAGACGCGUUCACGCCGGAGCAACAGGGCGGUUGCAGUAAGAGGCGGAGCUUCAGCCCGUACCCCUGUUGUUGCGAGGUACUCGCGCCGGGAUGAUUCUGUUUCGCCGAGCUCCCGGAACUCGUCGAUGUCGCGGUGCUCGACGCCGGUAUCAAGGGGGAACUAUGGCGUGAGAAGCGCCAUGACAGAACUCAGGGCGGCGGCUGAGGAACAGAAGGAGGCUGCCUUCAAUCGGUUCCUUCAGGGCCGCAUAGGAGGACAGGAGGCUCGAACCGCAGUUCUGGAUGCGGAGGAGGAACCGGCGAGCGAAGAGUCUUGCCGGGAGGACCCCACUAAGCUCGGUGUGCAAGAGCUGCGUGCCUGGGCCGGAAGGAGCACGGCGUCCCUCAUUCAGAUGGCUGGUAAGUCCAGUAAUCUGAAAGGGACGUACGUUAAAAAAUUUAAGGAGGCUGCCUCGGAGCUGCAAGCCAUAGUGGAGGCCCUCAGCUCACGGACUGAGGCUGAAGAAACCCGCCGCUUGCGGGCAGACAAUGCCCGCCUCCGCUCUGAGCUUGACCUUAUAAGGACGGAGCAGAAGGCGUAUCGGCGGGACUUCGCGGAGAUGAAGACCGCGAUGGCCAAAGAGGCGGCUAGAGCAGCGACGAGAGGGGCAGGAGCGCCCGUGCCACCUGCAGCGGCCUUUGAUGCAGACGUAUUGGAGGAGCUGAAAGCCUCCAUAGUGGCCUCAGUCGGGACGAUGCUAGACGCCCGCUUCGCGGGAAUCGAGGAGCGUCUCCUCCCAGAAAAGGUGACACGCCCGCCGCUCUCCUCGGAUAGAAGAGGGCCGCCACCAUCGCGCUCCGCUGGGACCUCACAGGCGGCUCCGGCUCGAUCGGGUGGCCUCAGAACGAGCGUGGCUCCAGCGACUCCUGGGGAGACUCCAGCGAGGGCAGGCCCAAGCCGGGCAGCACAGCCGGAGGCUGAAACUUGGUCGGAAGUGGUGGGCCGAAAGACCAGGGGCAAAAAUAACCCAGGCGCCAAUCCCGCGUCGUCAACUCCGAGGCCCCCGCCCACAGCGGCCCCUAAGCGGAAGCCCAGUCUGGCUCCCCCUAAGACGGCCGCCGUUAUUAUAACUUUGGCUCCCGAGGCGGUCAGUAGAGGGGUGACCUACGCUCAGGUCUUAGAGCAGGCUGAGCAAAGGGUUAACUUGGGCGAGAUUGGUAUAGGCGCGGGGAUGCGGAUUCGCCGCUCUGCGACAGGGGCUAGGCUCUUGGAGUUGCCGAAGGAGAACACCCAGGACCAGGCCGAGUUAUUGGCAGGUCACCUUCGCAAAGCGUUGGAGGGGGUAGCGGAGGUUGUUCGCCCUACCAAAACGGCGACCCUUCGUGUCACCGGGUUGGAUGACUCCGCAACUGCGGUAAAGGUGGCGGCGGCUGUAGCACGCGCAGGAGGCUGCUCGAUUGUUGCGGUCAGGGCGACUCCGGUGCAGAGGAGCCCCAUGGGCAUGGGGUCGUCCACCGUUUACUGCCCGGUGGAUGCGGGCAAAAAGGUCUGCGAGGCCGGGCGUCUGUUGGUGGGCUGGAGCUCCGUCAGAGUCCAGGCCCUGGAGCAGCGCCCUCUUCGCUGCUACAGGUGCCUGGGGAUGGGGCACACGGUAGCCUUGUGUACCUCUGAAACCGACCGAAGCAAGAUGUGCUACCGGUGCGGAGAAGAGGGACACAGGCACUCAGGGUGCUCCUCUCAGAGCAACCGAAGUGGCCCAGCGCGGACCGAAGACACUGAUAUGCCGCCAAAUGAAUAG